CCAUGGCCGCCGUAAAUGUCCAGAACCUUAAGAACCUCCUCCACCGAUGACCCAGAGCUGUUUGUUUGUAGGUGGGUCCAUGUUCUGUGUGCCGUGGCGGUGAUGGAGGCCCGCUUUGUCGACGUGACCAGGAGAAGUCCAGUGGACCUCAGUGGGAUCCCUCUGCAGAGAUUCAAACUGAAAUGUUACUACUGUAAGAAGCGGGUGAAGAAGGCCUCAGGCUGCUGUGUCCAGUGUUCCCACGGCCGCUGCCCCACCGCCUACCACCCCACCUGUGCCCAGGCUGCCGGGGUCCUGAUGCAGCCGGACGAUUGGCCCUUUGUGGUCCACGUGACCUGCUGUCGGCACAAAGGUCCCGCCCAGAUCGAGCGCAACAAGGCAGCCAUGCAUGAGCUCACUGUGGGUCAGAAGGUCAUCUGCAAGCACAAGAACGGCCGAUACUACCAGUGUGAUGUGGUCCAGCUGUCCAAAGAGACCUUCUAUGAAGUCAACUUUGACGACGGCUCCUUCAGUGAUAACCUCUUCCCUGAGGACAUCGUGAAUCGAGACUGCUCCCAGCUUGGCCCCCCGCCGCAGGGAGAAGUGGUUCAGGUGCGAUGGACUGACGGGCUGGUCUAUGGGGCCAAAUUCGUGGCGGCUCAUGUUAUUCAAAUGUACUUGGUGGAGUUUGAGGAUGGCUCCCAGCUAACUGCCAAGAGAGAUGACGUCUACACUCUGGACGAAGAACUUCCCAAGAGAGUCAAAUCCAGAUUGUCCAAAGCCUCAGACAUGAGGUUUGAUGGCAUCUUUGAAGACAAUGAGAUCCUCCAAGAGUCCAAGAGGCAAAGGGUGAUCAACUCACGGUACCGAGGGGACUACAUUGAACCUGUGAUUUACAGAGCCAUCAUGGAGUAGAGCCGCUCUCCUGGUCCAGCCACCUUACUCACCAGCAGUUCUUGUGCACCUUAACCUUGCAGCUAGUCCCAGACAUUGUAGCAGCAGACGGCUUCUUCAGGACUCGCAGGGACAGAUUUUAGUCCCAAUGCUUCUUCUCUGCUGGGCUCUGAUGGUGAAAACAAGCUUGGUUACAUUUUUUAGCAACUCCAAAUGUCAUCAAUUAGGGACCAGAUGACCCAUAGAGCAGAGAACAUAGAGAUGUUCUAUGAAACCAGCCUGGCUGGGUGGUUUCUGGGCGGAUCCUGUCUUUCUGGGACAAUCAGUGAGGUUCAGGCCUUUGGAGACGAUGGCAGGCAGCACCUGUGGACCAUCGAGGUUCUGCUGAGGCGCAUCCGGGUGAUACGCCAAACCCUGCUGCUUACAGGUCAUACCGGUUUGAAUAAGAUCAACCAAGGCUUCAUCUUUAGAUGUCCUCUCAGUAGAGCAGCUGUGACCCGACCCAACCAGCUCCUCCUUCAGGGCGGGGGGCGGUACUGCAGCUUCUGUCCCACGUUUUAUUACAUCAGAGAAAAAAAACGGAUAAAUCUUAUUUAUUGUAAAGGUUUUAUAAAACUUUAUAAACUAGGUUGACCAGUCCAGGUGAACCAGAGCCUGGACUGAAGCGUUCCUGAGCUGCUCCUCUGAAAGCUCUUUCCUCUAAUGAUUUUUAGAAACCAACACUGGCUGUUUUAUAAAAAGUGUUUCAUAAUUCUGAAGGUUGGAUCAUAUGCUGUACGAGUUUUUGUCCUUUUUGGCCCCAUUCUCCAGUUGUGUGAGAAUUUUUUGGUUGGGGCCGAGUUUCAGCCUGAUGAUCUCACCUGCGUCGUGUCGUAUACAGGCAUGGGGGGGGCUGAAGGGAAAUUAGUGGUCAGGAAUCGUAAGGUCAGAAAAUCAAACAUGUUUGAAAUUCUUGGUGAAGAUUCUCAGUCAUCCAGGUCAGUUUUUCCAAAAAAG